UCAUUCUUCAACGGAGGGCAGGGCUAGAGCUUUUGCCGCGAAAGUCUGUACUUGCGUGCUGCGUCCUGGUGGAGCACAUUGUUGUCUCUGACUGAAAAGAAUUGCUAUUAUUAAUAAACAACAUAGUACUUAUUUAAGUUUAUUAUACGCCUGAAUAAUCGCAAAAUGUCGGGAUUUGAUGAUCCAGGAGUAUAUUACAGUGACAGUUUCGGAGGAGGAGAAAGCAUCGGCGAUGAAGGGGUCGUGAAACGCAGCCAUAUCAAAAAGAGGUUCCGUGAGUUUUUGAGACAAUUCAGAGUCGGUACCGAUCGCACGGGAUUCACCUACAAAUACAGAGAUGAGCUCAAGAGACAUUACACACUGGGUGAAUACUGGAUUAAUGUGGAGAUGGAGGACUUGGCCAGUUUUGAUGAAGAUCUUUCAGACUGUCUGUACAAACUGCCCACCGAGAAUCUGCCUUUGUUGGAAGAGGCGGCCCAGGAAGUGGCUGAUGAGGUCACACGUCCAAGGCCAGCAGGAGAAGAGACCGUACAAGACAUACAGGUCAUGCUGAAGAGCGACGCCCACCCGUCCUCCAUCCGCAGUCUAAAGUCGGAGCAGGUGUCGCGUCUUGUCAAGAUUCCCGGUAUAAUCAUAUCCUCAACGGCCGUGAGGGCCAAAGCUACCAGAGUCUGUCUUCAGUGCCGUGGCUGCAGAUCAGUGAUCAGUAACAUUCCUCUUCCUCCGGGACUGCAGGGUUACGCUUUGCCCCGCAAGUGUAACACCGAGCAGGCGGGCCGUGUCAAAUGCCCCGUGGAUCCAUAUUUCAUCAUUCCGGACCGAUGCGUGUGCGUGGAUUUCCAGACUCAGCGUCUGCAGGAAGCUCCUGAUGCCGUUCCUCACGGAGAGAUGCCGCGACACAUGCAGCUCUAUUGCGACAGGUACCUGUGUGACCGCGUGGUACCCGGAAACCGGGUCACGGUCAUGGGCAUCUACUCCAUCAAGAAGGUGGCUCAGACCAAGAACAAAGGCCGUGAUAAGGGAGCAGGUGUGGGCAUUCGAUCGGCAUACCUCCGCGUCGUUGGCAUCGAAGUGGACACCGAAGGAGCAGGUCGUGGAGCGACCGGAUCGGUUACUCCACAGGAAGAGGAGGAGCUGAGGUCUCUGGCUGCUUCUCCAGCCGUCUAUGAAUCGCUCGCUCGCUCUCUCGCCCCGUCCAUCUAUGGAAGCGAUGAUCUGAAAAAAGCUAUAGCAUGUCUUCUUUUUGGAGGCUCCAGGAAGAGGUUGCCUGAUGGCCUGACACGCAGAGGUGAUAUUAAUUUGCUGAUGCUUGGAGAUCCAGGAACGGCUAAAUCCCAAUUGCUGAAGUUUGUGGAAAGAUGUUCUCCAAUUGGGGUCUACACCUCCGGUAAGGGCAGCAGUGCAGCCGGUCUGACGGCCUCGGUCCUGCGAGACCCACACACUCGUGGAUUUGUAAUGGAGGGAGGUGCCAUGGUCCUGGCUGAUGGUGGUGUGGUCUGCAUCGAUGAGUUUGACAAGAUGAGAGAAGAUGACCGAGUUGCAAUCCAUGAAGCCAUGGAGCAGCAGACCAUCUCUAUUGCAAAGGCUGGAAUCACAACCACACUAAACUCGCGCUGCUCUGUGCUGGCCGCUGCAAACUCUGUGUUCGGUCGCUGGGAUGACACAAAAGGAGAAGACAACAUUGACUUCAUGCCCACCAUCCUGUCUCGAUUUGACAUGAUCUUUAUCAUCAAAGACCACCAUGACCAACAGAGAGACAUGACUUUGGCUCGCCAUGUGAUGAACGUUCACCUGAGCGCGCAGACCCAGACCGAGGGUGUUGAAGGAGAGAUUCCUCUGGCCACGUUGAAGAAAUACAUUGCCUACGCUAGAGCGAAAUGUGGACCACGUUUGUCUGCGGCCGCAGCGGAGAAGCUAAAGAACAGAUACGUUCUGAUGAGGAGCGGAGCGAAGGAACACGAGAGAGAGACUGACAAACGCGUCUCAAUCCCCAUUACUGUCAGGCAGUUGGAGGCUGUGGUGCGCAUCGCAGAAUCGCUUGCUAAGAUGAAGCUACAGCCCAUCGCUGGAGAAGAAGAGGUGGACGAGUCUCUGAGACUCUUCCAGGUGUCCACGCUUGAUGCGGCCCUCUCUGGCAGUCUCUCCGGUGUGGAGGGAUUUACAACUCAGGAGGAUCAUGAGAUGAUCUCUCGCAUAGAGAAACAGCUGAAGAGACGCUUCGCCAUCGGCUCCCAGGUGUCUGAACACAGUAUCAUACAGGACUUCUCUAAACAGAAGUAUCCAGAACACGCCAUUCAAAAAGUCGUUCAUCUGAUGUUGAGGAGGGGAGAGCUGCAGCAUCGCAUGCAGAGGAAAGUCCUUUACAGGGUCAAAUAAGGAAAUGCUUCCAGCUUUGUGUGUUUGCCUCACACAUAAUGUCAGAAAAUGUUUAAAAAUGUUGAGAUGGAACCAGUCAAAAAUAUCAUAUUUUUUGUAAAUAGUUUUUGGAUUAAAUGUAUGAACGUCCUGCAGUAUAUGCAGGAUUGGUUUAAGGUUGUCACGUGGCAUGAAGAUGUUGCUGUAUAAUGUGUUUUUCAACUCCUUAAAAAUAUACAAAAUGACACAGUUUCAUUCAAAUGGGGCUUUAAAAAUAUUUUGUCCUGUCAUUCUGGAAAAAAACAAUAAAUAAUGCAUUUAAGGAAAUAA